AUGCCACAGGUCGGACAAAUCAUUGAACCGCACACGACGGAGGUGGGCUCAUUCCGCGUUCUUCGUGUCAUCUAUUCUGGUCCAUUCUCCGAUGUUUAUCUCCUUGGAAAGAAAACGAACGUUAACGAGAAAUUUGCGAUGAAAGUUGAGCGACAAGUUGGCAAUAUUAGACCCGUGCUGAAGUUGGACGUGUUUGUGCUGCGCGAGAUGAACACUCAGACGGGCUUCCCUCGUUUCAUCGGUGCCGGUCAAACGCCCUACUAUAAGUACUGCAUCAUGGAGUUGUUGGGACCCGAUUUAUCAAAAUUGCGGCGAUCAUUGGAUGCGAAAAAAUUUUCGACGACAACCGCUUUACAGGUGUGCAUUCAGACGCUACAACGACUUGAAACCUUGCACGAUCGUGGAUUACUGUGCAGAGAUGUGAAGGCGCCAAAUUUUGCGAUUGGAUUAGAGAGCCGAGCGAGCACAAUCUACAUGCUUGACUUUGGAUUUGCUCGGAAAUACAAAUAUGAGGCCGGCGCCAAAUUUUCCGACUCCCAUCUCAAGCCGGCGUAUCAGCCCAAAUUGUUCACUGUUUUGAGUACCUCGUACGCAAAUGCUCAGUUUUAUCUGUUUCCCGAUCUGUUGCCGGAAAUGGAUCUGAAAUUGUUUUGGCUGCUCACCCAACUCGGCAACACUUUCUACGGAAUCAAUGCAACAAUCGUCAUCUUCACUUGCUUUCCCAACGCGAGAAAAUGUCUGAUGCAAGUGAUUCGUCGACGGGUUUUCUGUGGAACUCAGAGGAAUCAUGUGGAGAUUUUCUCAAUCUCAGACCGCGCCACUCCAAUGUUCAACCAAAGU